CCACAAGCCUGACAGCUACCGACAAGCCCCCACCCACAGGAGCACGCGACGUGCUCUCUUUUCAAGGGAAAGGUUUUUCUUUCUGGGCCCUGGAAUGGGCCUGAAGUCAGCCAGCCUCAGCCCACAGGGUGAAUGAGGGGUGGGCACAGCCCGGCCGCGGCCCCAGCACACACGGGCGGACGCAGGGGCGGGGGAGCGCCAGCCCCGCAGUGUGUUCGGAGCCCAGCGGCUCUGAGUCGCCGCCACCAGCCUGGCCGCCUUCUGCUCCACGUAAGUGAAGUCAGCCGUCUAGGGCUGCGUUUCCAGCCAUCUGUCCCUCCACAGAGGCUCACACCUCCCUCCCCGCUGUUCCCACACCCUGGCUCGGGGCCUGCCCAACACAGAUGGACGCUUCCCAAAGGCUGUGCGCGCCAUCGCUGCCACCCGGCUGUGCCGUGGCCCGCGGCCGUCAGGACCCCAGGGACCGCACGCCAGGCAGGGUCCAGGACCCCCAGCGCGGACCACCUUUACCGCCGCGCCUGUGGCUCCAACGCCGCGCGCUCGCCCGAGAGUCUCACGGGGCCCCGCGGCCCCCGCCCCGCGCGCUCCGCCUCCGCCUCCUGCCCCCCGCCGCCGCCGCUGCGCCACCUGCCUCCCGCCCGGCGCCCAUGGCGCUCAGCUCCGCCCCGGGGCGCCGGCCUGGAGAGGGGCUCCCCGCCGCCGAGAGCCGCCCCCAACGCCUCCGCCACCGGGGCGCGCCCUAAGAACUGGCCGCCGCGCACACCCACCUCGCAGCAGUCGGCGGCCGCGGGCCUCGCAGCUUUAGAGCCGCGGCUUCUGGCGGCCGCGCGGGAGGCUAAACGGGAGUUGGGGGAAGCCCCGCCACUCUCGAAGUCACACGGCUUCCCUGCUUCUCUUCCUCAUGCCUGGCCCCCUCCCCUCCUCUCCCGUCUCUCUUCACCUCUCUUUAUCUGGAUCUGUCUGUGCUUGUUAUGCGUUUCCCUGUUCUCCAGGGCAGGAACCACAUCGGUCUGUUCACCCGUCCCCUGGACCGGCACCGGCACAGAGGGUCAGAGUGUUGGCACCUGUCUUCCGGGUCUGUUCACCCGUCCCCUGGACCGGCACCGGCACAGAGGGUCAGAGUGUUGGCACCUGUCUUCCGGGUCUGUUCACCCCUCCCCUGGACUGGCACCGGCACAGAGGGUCGAGUGUUGGCACCUGUCUUCCGGGUCUCCAUCCCUCCCUUUGUUUGUUGAGUGACUGCAUGUUCUCAUUUCCUUAUCAUACAGUUCUACGAGAGGUAUCAUUAUCCCCAUCUUAUUUUAUUUUCACCUUCUUUUCUGUUACCUGUAUGUUUGAAUUU